AGGCGCUCACGAGUACUGUUGUGUUUUGUAUCACCAUAGUCUCUUUACACAUAAAGGAUUAAUUCAUGGUCCAUUUAAAUGGUGAAAUAAAUUGGAGAAAGUUUAAUUUGUGAAAGCGGAAUUUUAUGAAAAUGGUGUACGAUGGAAAAGUUCGCGAUCAUGUGCGAAAAUACUUCAACCCGGAGGGCUUCGACUCGUUGGCGUUUCGAGACAUGGCCAAGCUGGGGCUCCUGGCGCUGCUGCUGUCAGAGCUGGUGGUCUACUUCUUCCUGCAGCAGAGCGCAGACCUUGGAGAGAUGCCCCACAAUGUUACAGAUGUCAUUAUAAUGAGCAUAUCGCUGCUGGAGUUCCUCGUGGUCCCGAUAAUCAGUGGGCUGGGCUCAGAGAGGAGAAGGAGCGUGCUAGUGGGAUGGACCAUCGCCGCUCUGGUCGUCACGGUACCUCUGUUCGCGUUGCCUGACCCGGAUACUACUGUCGAUGAGGGGCUUUGCAUAACCGCAGUUCCACUAAUUCCUCGGUCUUUCGCCACGGGUGUCUCAGCGAAGACUGCAUUCCGUCUGUUCAUGCUGCUCAUAUGCGGGGUAGUGAGCGCGCUAGGCAGAGCGGCCUUCUUUUCACAUGGACUUGCGUAUUUAGACGAGAAGAAUCCUUCCUAUAACCUGCAUAUGCAUGUUGGUCUCUUCAUCCUCUACCGCGUGCUGGUAUACAUUCUCGGCAGCUGCAUGAAAACCAUGACCUUGGACCUGCCGUGGCUGCAGAUCCUGAUCAUCGUUAUCAAGUACCUGCUCACGCUGCUUCGGCUCUACAGGUACCCUGAAGCGGUUCCGGUGCCGGAAAAAGAACGUCGAAGUGACGAAGGUCUAAUCCGUAGCAUGGGCCGUGUUCUUGGCAGUAAAGUGGGAGUUCUGCAAAUCCUGUCGAUGGCCUUACUGGCAGCUGCUUGGCGGGGCUUCGGGCUAUAUGAAGCGGCCUUCGUCCAGGUGAAAUACUACGUGCAUCCGGACAACGAUUCACAACUGGGGAUGAUGAAUAUGAAUAUAAAACUGAUAUCCAUCGUAUUAGGAGUUAUUCUAGCUGGAUACCUCUACACCGCCCCCGUCAUGCCGAAGUUUGAUCCUAAAGCAGCAGUCGCCAGCGCUGCAAAGAUGAGUUUCCUCGCUACCAUAUUCUACGUUGUAAUGACUGCGCUGCUGAGCUGCAAUCGAAGCGGGAUUGGAGGCUUGGCUGAGCUUAAUUAUACUCAGCCUGCUUGUGGACGAAGCUGUGGUUGCGAUCGGCCAUGGAUGGAGUAUGACCCCGUCUGCGUCCCUGAGCAGAUGACGACGUAUUUCUCUCCUUGCCACGCCGGCUGUACUACAGCUGACACUGUUAAUACUAUUGGGGUAUACUCGAACUGCUCAUGCGCGCCGGGCGGGCGCGUCACCAAAGGCGCGUGCGACGACGGAUCCUGCGCCAGCAUGUACAAUUUACACCAAAUGUUUUACGUCACCAUUUGCUUGGUCAGCACGCUGGCGUUCAUAUGGCACACCACCGUGUUGUUGGAGUCAGUGGACAAGCGUGACGUCGCGAUGGCGUUAGGCGUCGCGUCAAGCGUCGUGUCACUCGUCGCCUUCGUGGGGGCCCACGGGUUCUACAUGGGAAUCAGCUUGUUCACGUGCGCGUUCACCCGCGGUUCUAAGUGUCUCCUCCAGAACGAUCACUUCGCACCCUGGGUGGGGUACUCCAGCGCAGUCCUAGCUGGUCUAGCUUUCAUACUCACCGUGAUCUCCUGCGUCAUACUGAGGAGACAGAAGGCACCGAAGGAAGAAGAUAUCUACCUUGGAUAGUGUAUAUAAAAAACUUAGUUAUAAAUGAAACAAAUAAUGUGCCGAUAUAUUUUGUUUUGGGUUUUUUAGAUUUGGGUUAAAUUUGGCUGGUUUGAAGGUCUCCUCUAUCUCCUCAUUCUGGGUAGAUUGAAUUCGAAAUCUCAAUUUGGAACGAACAAAUUGUAUGUUUUAUACAUUUAGUUAUAUCAUACGUUUUCGUAACUUAGUGGAAGAUCAUUGAGACAUAAUGGUGAAAUUACGCUUAUUAUACAGAAGAGAAUCUAUUAACCACCAACAUUUAUCAAAACCUUAAAAAGAAUAUUCAUAUAAUUAAAUCGGCCCUAUUAGCAUCAGGGGUCUAUAAGUAUCAGGUACUAGUGGUACGUUCGAAAGUAUUAAUUAUGACCUAUUUCGUACCUUGUCACAGUGACAAUCAGUAUCAAAGUCUCUAGAGAC